UGAAUUCGGAUAAAUUAUUCACCUGUUCAGUUUUGAUAGUUACGGUCACAUACACCUUCAACAACCUACCUCACCCCCCUCCCUGAACGGCAUGCACGACCACCACCAUAACCAUAACAGCAACUGAAUUGGACCACACUGAUAUGGCGUUAACUUGGCCACACGUGCUGCAGUUUCGUUCUCAACCUUCUCUCGGACAUGCUAACUUCGUCUUCUUCUCCGAUCUCACCGAAUCCCGUUCUGUGGAACUGUCGUUCACUGGUUCCCUCGCUCUGCUUCGUCGGUGCAAGAUCUCCUGUCAGUCUCCAACAGCGCUGAAACCGGUGAAAUGUCUCAGCAGAUCCACGGAGGAGAAGCAGAGCGACACCGAAACCACUCUGUCCGACUCCGAGGAAGUUGUCGAUGAACCAGAUGACCGGAACCGAACUUCCGUUCUGGCAAACGGUCGUGUUGGUUCGCAGAGGAUUGUCACCACGUUUUCAGGCGACUCUCUUUCUCUCGGAGUUCGAGAACCGGUUUAUGAAGUAGUUGAAGUGAAGUCUAAUGGGAAAGUGUCAACUAGAAAAAUCAACAGGAGACAAUUGUUGAAGUCAAGUGGUCUUCGUCCUCGGGACAUUCGAAGUGUGGAUCCUUCAUUGUUUAUGACAAAUUCAAUGCCUGCUUUGCUGGUCCGGGAGUAUGCUAUACUUCUAAAUCUGGGUUCACUACGAGCAAUAGCAAUGCAAGAUUGUGUACUUAUAUUUGACAAUAAUCGCAUAGGGGGGAAAGCUUUUCUAGAGACAUUGCUGCCUCGAUUGAACCCCAAGAACAGCAAUGGAGGACCAUCGAUGCCAUUUGAAAUUGAGGUUGUUGAAGCAGCAUUGCUUUCAAGAAUACAACGAUUGGAGCAAAGAUUGAUGGAAUUAGAACCUCGUGUACAAGCCCUUCUUGAGGCCUUGCCAAAUAGGUUAACUGGUGACAUAUUGGAGCAGCUUCGUACUAGCAAACAAACUUUGGUUGAGUUAGGUUCCAAGGCAGGAGCUCUCAGACAGAUGCUGCUUGACCUUUUGGAGGAUCCUCAUGAAAUACGCCGUAUGUGCAUCAUGGGAAGAAACUGCACACUUAAUAAAGGAAACAAUAAUAUGGAAUGCUCAGUGCCUUUUGAAAAGCAGAAUGCUGAGGAGGAGGAGGAGGAAAUUGAAAUGCUUUUGGAAAAUUAUCUUCAAAGAUGUGAAUCCUGUCAUGGUCAAGCUGAAAGGCUUCUUGAUUCUGCAAGGGAAAUGGAAGAUUCUAUAGCUGUCAAUUUGAGUUCACGAAGACUUGAGGUUAGCAGAGUAGAACUCCUUCUCCAGGUUGGAACAUUCUGUGUGGCAGUAGGUGCCCUUGUAGCAGGUAUAUUCGGCAUGAACCUGAAGUCCUAUCUUGAGGAGCAUGUGUUGGCAUUUUGGCUGACAACAGCGGGGAUAAUUGUUGGUGGAAUUAUUGCUUUCUUUCUAAUGUAUUCCUACCUCAGGGCGAGAAAAAUAUUUUGAUUGGAAGAAGCUUCAUAUAUUUAGGUAAUGUCAGGUUGUGAACAUUGUAAGCACCCAACAAAUGCAGUGAUUUGCACGAGGAUCAAUCAUCCAAAAUGACUUUGAACGUAUGCAUGAUGGUACUCACAUUACUGAGCUGUGAUGAGCAUUAAUUUUCAUUCUUGUUGUGGAGAGGGGGACAUAUUUUUUGGUUGAAUUAAUAAUGGAUAUGGCAAUGACUGUCAUGACAGAAGCGAUCAUCGUUUGGCUGUUGUGAAUGUAGGCGUGAGUCUUGUGUACACUAAAACAUUAUUCAACUUAUAAUACUGUAUGCUAUCUUGAGGUUCAA